CGCUCCCGCCCCCGUCCCGCCACUGGGGGUUCAAGGCCACCUUUAUGUGCGCUAUCCAAAGCCACUUUUACGCGGAGCUCAAAGCCACCUUUACGCUCGGGGUUCUUCUUCUCGUCAAGGCUGAACUUACAUAGAGGGAGCGUUCUCCUAGCGGCUUUGGCCCUCGCACACCACCCGAGCACCUGUGCUUCUGACAGCCGCCGAAUUCUGCCUCAGCUCCUCCACACAGCGGGGAGCUGAACCGGCAGGGAGGAGGAGGGCUGCAGUUCAGAGCCCAAAACUUCGGGCUUCUGGAAGGCAAGUCGUGGGAUAAGACAGAUAAUUGCUCUUGAGACACUGGAAGGAGAAUAAUCUCAUUCUUCUCCAAGAUUUGGAGCCUGGCCUCCGUGCCCUGCCUCAGAGUGCUGAACACGGCUGGGGCUCAGCUUAAUUUGUUGACUGGAUGAAUUUGUGAAUGUCAGUAUCUGCCACCAAGGUUGAUGAGAUAAGGAAAAAACGUUUGAAGGAAGUGAAAGAAGAGGAAAUGGUCUUCAGUUCCUGUCAGGCAAGGAAGGCACUUUCCUGUCUCCCCAGGAAGAUCAGGUGAAGAAUACAAGGGCCAGCUUUGUCCAAGGUCACAUCGCAAAUUCCUGGCAGAACCAGAAGUAGAAAACACUCUUCCCUUUUCUUUAAUUUUCCACGAAGAACCAUUAAGACAACAUAUAUGGCACUGAAGAGGAGCGUUAAUGGGGAGUGGAGGAGAGUUUCAUCACAGCACAGUCAAGUUAUUGGUUGCCUAGUUAUAAAUUAAAGUCUUCCUGGGCAACAGGCCUGCAUCUCUCUGUCUUAUUUGGACAUGUGGAAUGUCUUCUGGUGCUACUGGACCACAAUGCUACAAUCAAUUGUAGACCCAAUGGGAAAACCCCUCUUCAUGUGGCUUGUGAAAUGGCCAAUGUGGAUUGUGUUAAGAUCCUCUGUGACCGUGGAGCAAAGCUCAAUUCCUACUCUUUAAGUGGACACACAGCCUUGCACUUCUGUACAACUCCAAGCUCCAUUCUCUGUGCAAAACAGUUGGUUUGGAGAGGGGCCAAUGUGAACAUGAAGACCAACAACCAAGAUGAGGAGACACCCUUGCACACGGCUGCCCACUUUGGCCUCUCUGAGCUGGUGGCCUUCUACGUGGAGCAUGGGGCCGUCGUGGACAGCGUGAAUGCCCACAUGGAGACCCCACUGGCUAUUGCAACCUACUGGGCCCUCCGCUUUAAAGAGCAGGAGUACAGCACGGACCACCACCUCGUCUGCCGCAUGCUACUCGACUACAAAGCUGAGGUCAAUGCCCGGGAUGACGACUUUAAAUCUCCCCUCCACAAGGCAGCCUGGAAUUGUGACCACGUGCUCAUGCACAUGAUGCUGGAAGCUGGCGCCGAAGCGAAUCUCAUGGAUAUCAAUGGCUGUGCUGCCAUCCAGUAUGUGCUGAAGGUCACCUCUGUGCGACCUGCCGCCCAGCCUGAGAUCUGCUAUCAGCUACUGUUGAACCACGGGGCUGCUCGAAUAUAUCCUCCACAGUUCCAUAAGGUGAUACAGGCUUGCCAUUCCUGUCCCAAAGCCAUCGAAGUUGUAGUCAAUGCCUAUGAACACAUCAAGUGGAAUGUGAAGUGGAGAAGAGCUAUCCCUGAUGAUGAUUUAGAGAGAUACUGGGAUUUCUACCACUCUCUCUUCACUGUCUGCAGUAACUCUCCAAGGAGUCUCAUGCAUUUAUCGAGAUGUGCCAUUCGAAGAACGUUGCACCACAGAUGCCACAGAGCAAUCCCUUUGCUUUCCCUUCCAUUGUCAUUGAAAAAGUACUUGCUGUUAGAGCCAGAGGGAAUCAUUUAUUAAAUCUCAGGAGGCAAAAGUUCCAACUCUAGGUAUUUAAGUGGACUUGCUGGGUAGACAUAGUUUGCGUAAAUAAAAUGAUACUUGUAUUGAUUAUAACACCUCAGGGAUUUCAAAACACAUUACAAACACUAUGUCAUUAAUCCUAGGGUAUCAUGGUGGGGAAAUAAGCAAGAAGUAAAGCUAAAGCAUUUUCAAAGACAAGAAGGUAUUCAGAAAGUACUGGUAUAGCAAUAAUAAUCAAUAUUUAUAGUGCUCUUACUAGGUGCCUGAUCUGUUUUUAUAACACUUUUCAUGUAUUAUCUCAUUUGAAAUGGGACCCAGGUUUUUUUUACAACCAAUCUCAUUGUCUACCUUAUCAGUGACACGUUUACAUUAGCGUUCAGUUUGCAAAAUAGCAGGCUUUAUGAUUGGCCUUUGCGUCUUCCCUCCUGUUACCACUUACCAGUAAUUACUAUCACUAUUAUACAACUCUUACUCCCCAAACAAAGCUUGCCAGUUUACUAUAAUGAAGAAAGCACGUGAAUAUAGUCAAAACAAGGAGAUCUUUGAGUUGAAUUUGAAAUGAAAAAUAAAGUUCAGUCCACUUAAUAGCCAAGAGUGGACGUUUCUAUACUCACUCAUUGAGCCAGAGACUGGAGGUGCAAAUGUGAAUCCAAGGUGACUCAUGCCCUCCAGGGUCUCACAUGUAGCGGAGGAUCCAGACUUACAAGCAGGCAGCUACGCUAUAAAACGUCAGGGGCAAGAGUACAGACAGGUGCAGACUCAUUUUUAAUGCUUGGCUUUCAAAGCUGUUUUUCUGAGGCAAAGUGACUUUUCUUUUAAGCAUGAAGUUGAAGGGUGAGGGUAUUAUGUAGAGUAGUUUCUGGUUGCUUUUAGGAUGAAGUUUCUUCAAAUAUCUAAAUAUUGUUUUAUUUUAUGAUUUCCUGUUUAGUGCUUCCCCAGACUCCUUGGGAAAAAUAAUGCACACACAGUGGUUCCCACAGAUGUGACAAGGAAGUUUAGGAAAAUGUGUGAAAGAAAGUGAGUGAAGGCAAAGACUUAAGUCGAUUACCUUGGUCUUUUUACGUAACUGACAUUUUAGAGCAUUUUAGUCAGAAAGUAAAGGAAUACUUUGCAAACGAUGCUGGCUACAAAAGACUUUUUGAAAAUGGUAAAACGUUGAAGAUUGGAAAGAAUAAGUAUGCUAAUCAGGCUUGCUAGUUAGUGGUUUGUGGAAAGAAAAAUGUAGAUGAUUAACCCCUGUACCUCAUGGUCUGUGAGGACAGCAUUGCUUCACAUUUUGUUCUUAUUAAACCCUUAAAGAUAAGCUCAUUGCCUCUGAGCAUCACCUUUAGAGGUUAAGGCAGAAGUAAUUAAGUAGAAGCAACUUGCCUGUUGUGACCAGGUUUCUUUUACUUGUGUGGUUCUCCAACUUAUUUAACUUUGGAUGCUUGAGUUUUGAAUAGAGAAGACGUCAGAUAUACCACUAGGCUACCAUUUAGAUUAUGCUUCUAAGUAAAUUAUUUUACUCCCAGUGACUGUGUAGGAGAAAUCAUGGAUGGACACAAUAAUCUUUCUGAAGUAUCAGUUUUACUCAAAUAUUUUGGAGGGAGAUAUCUUGGAGUAAAAAAAGAUCUACAUUAUGGAAUGGAUGCUGAAUUUGUAUGAAUUACUGAUGUAUUGUCAUAUGAAUUAUAUGAUCCUUCAAAAAAUUGUUUGCCCGCAGCAAGUGGUGGUAGCCUGCGGGGAAGCUGUGCACAUUGCCCUCACUUUCAGGAGGAUUCUGGCAGAAAAAUUCAGGAUGCCCUGAUUUAGGGCAAGUAAAACUGAUGCUGAGGACAAAGGGAGAGGAUAUCCUUUGCAUGGGGAAAUGAAAACAUUUUUCAGUCUGCUUUUUUCUUCUUAAACAUUUUGCAUUAAACUAGUGUGUAAAACAGGACUACUUGUUUUGAAUUGGUAAUUCAUGGAAUUAUAGUUAUUUUUCUGCAUCUUUGAACUUUUAUUUAGAGGACCUAAAUAAAGCUCUUCUGCUUUCUUUCAUCUUUUUGAGUUGGUUAUUAACCAGUAAGACCCUUUUUUCCUAACCUAACUUUGACUUGUCACCAACUGUAUUGAAGAAUUCAUUACUUUUUUCAACAUUUAGAAAGAAAAAGAGAACAAGGAAUUUGUGCCUGUAAAUAAUGUGUUCAAAAGAAAUUAAAGGGUAAAUGUGGUUGAAACAUAUAAACACCUGACUAUUGCUUUAGGAACAAGUGUGUUUUAGUAAUAAUAAAGAAUUGUAUUGAAUCUUUCUCUUCCACCUUCACCACCUCUGUCCUGCUGUUUUGGUUUUCUUUGAUUUUAUUUUUAUUUCAUUUCAUUCUCACCUUCCACUCAACUCUGGGCAAUGGAGGAAAUCAUGCCCUCCUGAUACUUUUGUUACUUUCUGGGAGUACCUUCUGUAAACAGACAUCUAAUGGCUUGAAAAAACAAUCAUCUGUAAAUUACAUGUGAGGAAGGGUCUUUGAUAUGAGGGAAAGACCACCUGUCUAGUUUUCCCUUUUCAGGAUCUAGACACACCUUUGUUCUAAUUUUUAAUCACUUAGUUUUACAUCUCUACUUUGUCCUUCCAUUCUGAACCCAGUGGCUUCCGAUAAAGGACACAGUAAUAUAAAGCUUAUUGUAGAGGUAGGAAAAGUAACAAACCAGUUGCAGUGGGUUAUCAG